AGUCACGUCUCGGAUAGUCAUCCCUCUCCAUCAUUACUCUUUUUGUUUUGCAGCAAGGAAGACGAUUUCUUGUCUACGAUCGUCGCACAUGUUAAAAAUGCCCUAAGCCAAAUUACACCGCAAAGAGGACAAAACCCUAAACCACAGAAAGGGGGAGGAGGAGGAGGAAACCCUAAGCCCCAAAAAUUUCUUAGCAGAGCAUCAAACAUUACUGAACCAGAGGAUCAACGCCUUAAGCAACUGGAAGUAAAGUUGAAUGUGGAGUGCAAUGACAACGAAACUCGUAUUGUUGGAGUCGUCGGGAUGCCUGGAAUCGGAAAAACCUAUCUCGCCAGGAAACUCUUCGUCAAGCUUAAGAAGAAGAUCAACCAUUGUGUGUUUAUCGAGUUCGAGCGUGAGAAGUCAGAGGAGCAAGGAUCAGAGUGGCUAGAGAAGAGGCUUGUGGAAAGUUUACUGGAUAUUAAAAAUUGCACUGAUACAAAUGCACUUGUGGUUUGGAAGGAUAGCUUAAUCAACAAGAAAGUCACGAUUGUUUUAGAUAACGUGAGUGAGAAGAAACACAUCGAACCCCUUCUCGGUAGAUACGGCUGGAUUAAGAAGGGGAGCAAGAUCGUCAUCACGACACGAGACAAGUCAUUGACCGAGGGAUUAGUCUCUGAUCUCUAUGAGGUCCCUGGGUUGAAUGAGAGAGACGGCUUAGAGCUCUUUAGGGCUCAAGCCUGUUGUACUCUUGAUGGAAAUUUCAUGGAGCUGUCUAGAAAGUUUGUGGAUUAUGCAGGAGGCAACCCAUUAGCUCUCGAGCAAUUUGGUAAGGAGCUUCGCGGGAAAGAUGUGGUUCACUGGGAAACAAGACUUGGAACACUGGCACAGUGUUCCAAUCCAACGAUCAGAGAGAAGUUAAGAAGCUCUUAUGAUGAACUAAACGAGCUGCAGAAGGAUGCGUUUCUUGAUAUAGCUUACUUCUUUAGGUCACAAGAUGAGAGCUACGUUAGAAGUUUACUUGAUUCUUGUGACCCUGAAUCCGCGGAAUCUGGACAUGAAUUUAGAGAUCUCGCAGACAAAUUCUUGAUUGGCGUGUGUGAUGGUCGAGUUGAGAUGCAUGAUCUCUUGUUUACAAUGGCCAAGGAGCUUGUUGAAGCCACUGCAGAUAAAUCAAGACUGUUGCUGUCGAAUUGUGCAGAGUUGAGAAAUAAAGAGGGAAGAGACAAGGUUAGAGGAAUUGUUUUAGACAUGUCUAAAAUGGACGAAACGCCAUUAAAGAGAGAAGUUUUUGUCGGUAUGAGUAGUCUACGGUACCUGAAAGUGUACAAUUCUCUUUGUCCUCCUCACUCUGAAACUGAGUGCAAGUUAAACUUACCUGAUGGACUUGAGUUUCCAAAAGAUAAUGCUGUCCGAUAUCUUCACUGGGUCAAAUUCCCAGGGACGGAACUUCCAUCAGACUUUGACCCCAAUAAUCUCAUCGAUCUUAAGUUACCUUACAGCAAUAUUAUCACUGUAUGGAGUAGUUAUAAGGUUGCACCUAAUCUGAAGUGGGUUGAUCUCAGCCACUCGAGUAACUUGAAUUCUUUGAUGGGUUUACUAAAAGCACCAAAUCUUUUGAGAUUAAACCUUGAAGGCUGCACAAGUUUAAAGGAGUUACCUGAUGAGAUGAAAGAGAUGACAAAUCUUGUUUUCCUGAACUUAAGAGGAUGCACAAGCCUCUUGUCUCUACCAAAGAUCACUAUGGAUUCCCUCAAGACUCUGAUUCUCAGUGGCUGCUCAAAAUUACAGACAUUUGACGUGAUUUCAGAACAUCUAGAAUCUCUAUACUUAAACGGCACAUCGAUAAAUGGACUUCCUCCAGCCAUUGGUAAUCUCCAUAGACUUAUCUUAUUGAAUUUGAAAGAUUGCAAAAAUCUUGCAACUCUUCCUGAUUGUCUUUGGGAGCUUAAAUCUCUUCAAGAACUCAAACUCUCUCGCUGUUCAGAGCUCAAAAUGUUUCCUGAUGUUAAGAAGAAAGUGGAAAGCUUGCGGGUUUUACUGCUUGAUGGAACAUCAAUAGCAGAGAUGCCAGGCAAUAUUUUUGACUUUUCUUUGCUACGACGUCUAUGCUUAAGCAGAAAUGAUAAUAUCCGCACUCUUCGAUUUGACAUGGGUCAAAUGUUUCACCUGAAGUGGCUCGAGUUAAAGUGGUGUAAGAAUCUCACAUCUCUUCCCAUACUUCCACCAAAUCUUCAGUGCUUAAAUGCACAUGGCUGUACUUCCCUAAGAACAGUCGCCAGUCCGCAAACCCUUCCUACACCAACAGAGCAGAUUCAUUCCACCUUUAUUUUCACUAACUGUCACGAACUAGAACAAGUCUCAAAGAAUGCUAUCAUUUCUUAUGUUCAGAAAAAAAGCAAGUUGAUGUCAGCUGAUCGAUAUAAUCAGGAUUUUGUUUUUAAAUCCUUGAUUGGUACUUGCUUUCCGGGAUGUGAAAUACCUGCAUGGUUUAACCACCAAUCAUUGGGAUCAGUCUUAACGCUGGAACUUCCUCAAGAUUGGAAUGCAGCUGGUAAAAUAAUAGGGAUAGCUUUAUGUGUUGUAGUCUCGUUUAAGGAGUACAGAGACCAAAACAACAGUCUCCAAGUGAAGUGCACUUGGGAGUUUACUAAUGUAUCAUUGAGCCCCGAAAGUUUCAUGGUUGGUGGUUGGUCUGAACCAGGCGAGGAGACACAUACGGUUGAGUCAGACCAUACUUUCAUUAGCUACACCUCUUUGCUUACUAUCAAGAACCGUCAACAGUUUCCAUCAGCUACAGAAAUUUCCCUUGGAUUUCAAGUGACAAAUGGUACAAGCGAGGUCGAAAAAUGCAAGGUGAUAAAGUGUGGCUUCUCUUUGGUGUAUGAGCCUAAUGAAGCUAAUAACACAUCUUGGAAGGAAACUCCAAGGAUGGAGGAUAAUAGACAAGACCGGAGAAGCUCUUUUAAAACUGGAGAAGGUGAUGACUGCCCCAGUGGAACUCCAACAACAGCGGAUUCUAAUAAGGGGAAUGGUUUUCUCAGUAGUUUCUGGAGAGACAUAUCUAUUAAAAAAAAAGGGUUAUAAUCUCACGGUCAUGAGAGUAACCGCAAUGCAUCUCAAACAAAACAUCACAUUUUCUUUGAAGCUCUGUUUCAAGAUACUCUGGUAUGGAAUAUAAAUUACUCUAAGUUUGAAGAUUGCAAACCAGAUUGACGUGGGUAUGACUUAUGAGGAAGUACAUCCAAAUGAAGUGUCAGAAAAACAAUCUUACAGGAGAGGCAAGAAAGCCAUAAGCAUGGGUCUUCUUCCUCUUCACACCCAUUAUCUUCUCUGCUAAUAUCUUUUGCUUCUGAUGUUUAAUUUGAUCAAAUCAUUUUUGAGGGGAAGAAAGUGCUCAAAAUGUUUUUGUAACCUGAUUCAAGAUUCUCAAUACGAAUUGAGUCAAAUUCAAACUCGGUUUAGUGUGAUUGACUCUGUUUUUAUAAGAAUCUCAACCAUCGGUUUGUAAUCUGUUGUGACAAAUUUUUCAUUAAAUUUAAUAAUCUGGCCAUCUUUCCUGUG